GGCCCAUUUGUCAGGGCAGUGGAAAUGUGAUGGGUGCAGACCUUGCUGUGGGUUUGUGACUCAGUUUUUGGGGGAAAUGCCUUUACAAGGAGCCUCUCCCUGUCCAGUUUACCAGGGAAGGAAAGGUUGUGGCAAGGACUCUGCAGCAUUGGCUGCCAGCAGCCUGGGCUGGCAUGGAGAAUGGAGUGGUGCUGCAGAGAAAAGAGAGGCUGAUGCAGCAGCCAGGGGAGCUGGAUGGACUUGUGCUCUCACUGGACAGAGGCUUAAUGGCCAGUUCAGAAGACAACUUAGAAAGGAUGGUGGAUGAGAGCAGGGGGAGUUCUUGUGGCACCGAAAAGCCUUCUGCUGGGAGUCCCCAAGAGCAAGCAAAGAGGAUCAGGACUGGGAGCAGAGAACUUACCGUGCAUUUUGAAGACAGUGGUGAAAGCGAUGAAGACACAAAUCACUCUGAGGACUCACUGAGUUCUGCACUGAUGGAGCUUUCUGUUCUGCAAAGGCUGGGCCUACAUAGGGUGGCUUUGACUGAGCAAGAUGUGGAGGCAGCUUUUGCACACUUGGCUCUGGCCUUCCGUUGCGACAUGUUUACGCUGAAGCGGCGGGUACAGGUAGAAGAGCGGGCAAGGAACACAGCUGAGGAGAAUAUUCAGAUGGAGUUGGCAGAAUGCCAGGCAACACUGCAGAAGCUGGACCAGGCCUGCCUGGACAGCAGGACAAAGGAAAUGGUAGAACACCUGAAGAGCAGUCUAACAGUCCUGGCAGGUGCAAUUGAGAGAGCAACUGUUGCAGCAGAGAAAUUAGGAGCUGUCCAUCAAGAAGCCCGUAUGAGCAGAGCCACGGAGGUGAUGGUGCAACAUGUAGAGAACCUGAAAAGGCACCACCUGAGGGAGCACACAGAGCUGGAGGAGAUGAAGAGAUUGAUCCAACAGAACUCCCGCAACCGACAACUGGCAGAAAACAGGGAUGAUGGUGAGCAAAGACCAAAGCAUCUUCCAAUGCGAAUGUUUCAGCAGGGAUCAGCUCGUCGUCGUGUCAGCAUUGCAGUUAUUCCCAGGCAGCUAAUGCAGUUUCACAACUCUGAAAAUGGACAAGGAUCUGAGGGAGAAGCAGCUAAGCCAAAAGUGGUGGAGGAGGGAAUCCCAAGAAGGCAAUCUCAAUGUCCUCAAGAAGGUUCCUCUGAUAAUUACUUUGUUCUGCAUACUGCAAAAUCUUCCAACAUAUCACAGCAGAACCUGCAGAGGCCCAAAACUACUGCUUGUGAUAUAAACAGAAGCCACUGCAUAGCUGGGAGAGAAUCUGAAUUUAGGAGCAGAACCAGCAUCAACAAAACAAUAGCAGAAGAGCCCAGUGAAGUAUUUGGUGGUGAGGAGGUCACUGAAGAGUGUGAGGAACUGGAUCCUGAUGCUUUCCUGUCCAAAGGAUCUAAAAUGGAACUUUAUAGAGCCUGGUUCUCAAUGCCCACCUACUACUGGGUUUUGUUGUGCCUGUUUUUUCUAGGAAUUGCUUGCCUCAUUUUGAUCCGGAUCCUGGAGCUGCAGAAACAAUACCCAUUUACAACCUUUGACUCUUAAGCACAGGAAAAACAGAUGGACCGUGCCAGAAUGCUGCACUGUCCAAAUUAUAAAACAGUUUACAUAUGAACAAGAACGACAACCAUGAAACAACAACAAUAAUAAAAAGAACAGAAAAAAGGUGCUAUCGAGCAUGUGUGAAACCAGGGAAGUAUUGCCUAGGAUGUGAUGCUGAUGAUUGAUUGCUAUGAAAAGAGCUGGAGAAGCGUGUUGAUAGCUAAGGACAUCUGAAUCCAAGAUGGUAUUAGCUGUCACUCAAUUGAUGGAUCCACUGUAACUCCAGUGAGUACACUUGCUGAGGACUUUAUCACACCUGAGGAAUUUCUAAUAAUUUCUCUUAAUUUCUAAUGAA